UGUCUGUUGUUUAUUUCCCUGCCUCGGGUUGCAUCUUUGUCCUUUCCUUUUGUGGAUCGCGGUCAGUAUUGGUGUGGAAGAAGAAGAAGACGUCAACGGAUGACCGUUCACAAGAACCAUUCCAAAGCUAUUUUGAAAUAGUGUCAUGACUACGCCAAAUGACCGAAGGCCGUCAAAGCCUCAAGUAGAGGCCAGGAGACCAUCGCAGCCUCAAGUACAAGCUCCCAGAAGACCAUCUAAGGUUCAACUAGAGGAUGCUAGACAACCAAGAACGCCAUCCAGCCCAUGGGUCGACCCGCAACAAGCGAGACGGACAUCCAAUAAAUUAUUCACCUCGGUGGCAAUCGUCAACUACAUGGACGUCCAUAAUCUCCGGAAGCCUGAACAGCCAUCGACGUUAAUUUCCUCCUCACUUACGCGAAAUCCCGGCUGGUAUUUGAAGCGAUGCUGCGUAUGUCUGCUACUGCUUGUGAGCACACUCACUAUCGCCGUCGCCAUCUAUGUAGUUACUGGACCUGCUGGGAAAUGGUUUACGAACUCUGAGGAGACGACAUCUUCUACCGAACCACUGGCCCUGGAACCAGUACACGAUCGAAGUGGAGGGGACAGUAGCGGACAGUUGGAUAUAUCCCUUACAACGCAAGUGGCAAAAGUUCGAAGGGGAGUUCCGGCCGGUUGUGAAGUGAACAGCACCGUUGACCACUGCCCAGCACAAGUCCUGCAUACAGGCGUCUGGUACGUGUGUCCUGGAAACAACAGGCCUUGCAGGCCGGCCUGGAAAGCUGAAGGUCGAUGCCUCGGUCCUCGUGGUCCCAGGUUCUCGACGCAGACGCGCUGUGAGCGCCAUUGUUUCAAGGAAGAGGAUCCAUGCCAAACUGGACCUGAAAGUUGUCCCUGCACUGAUGACUACCGCGACUUCAACUAUGUCCACACGAAGGACAAGGGAUGCAUCCCCUUGGAGAAAGGACGGUGCUUGGCUAAGAAUAUCCCAGGCCACAAAUCAAAGGCCGACUGUCUUAAGCUUUGCCAAGGAGAGACGAUGCGCGGCGCUAUGUGCGACCUGGAAGAAGUAAAUACUGACCGAUGUACGUGGCGAAACAAGAUUUACAGCUUCUACUACGACGUCCAGAAAAAAUCCUGCUUGCCCUGGAACGACGACAUUUGCCAGCCUAAUGUUUUUUCAAGUAUCGAACUCUGCAUGCAGAUAUGCAAAUAGCUCCUCUAUCGCUGCUUUAUGCACCAUAACGAACGUGUGUAGUGACCAAUGUGCUUCUGAGAUUACAUUACCUUAGAUAUGUGUAAUAGCGCACUUGACAAAAUGUUUUCUCUGAACGGUUAAUUGCCUCCGU